UCGCGUAAACAAAUUUGUUUCGAUAUGCCGGUCUGUAACUUCUUCCUCCAGGGCCGCUGUCGGUAUGGAGAUAAAUGCUGGAACGAACAUCCGAGAGAUGGUCGUGGAGGUGGCGGCGGCGGUGGCGGCGGCGGAGGAGGAGGAAAUCGCUCCUAUGCUCCGCAGCAGUCCAGAGGAGGCGGAGGAUUCGGGAAUCGAGUCUGGACCAAUCCCAACCAACAAAAGCCAGCUUACAUCCAGCCGUCAUCCUUCUCCUCGCCCAACGACUGGAGUCGAGGAGGCGGAGGAGGAAGGCGAGACAACGUCAAUGAGUUUAGCUUUUCUGCACAAAACAGGUUUUCAACACUUUCUAACCAAAGUGGCCACAACAGGGGAGGAAGAGGAGAUGAAGAUGACAAAAAGACGCUAGAGUUGAUUCAGAACGACAUGGAGAUCUGGCUGACUUCUGGCCAGUGGGGAUUCUCCUGUUACUCCAACCUCAAAGUGCCCAUCUCAGGGUUCAGCGACUUGUCUCCAGAGGAGCUACGUCUGGAGUACUACACGACCAGAGCAUCAGGAGAUCUGCAGAACUAUAUCAAUGGGAUCAAUCAGCUGCUCAAUCGGUGGAGAAGCAGGGUGGAAGAACUGAAGCGGAUGAAUUCAUCCACACGUGCUGCAUUGAUUGAAGAGUUAAACAAUCCGGCUCCAGCAGCAGCAGGGAUUGCUUCAACUGGCUUUGGCUCCACAUCUGCGCCAGGAUUUGGAUCCUCAGCUUCUGGGUUUGGGAACAAAGAUCUCCCUCCUCCGACUGGCUUUGGAGGUGCAGCCAGCUACAGCUUUGCCCCUCCAUCUGGUGGAUUUGGAUCUUCAACGUCAGGGUCUACGUCGGUAUUUGGCAGCACAGUUUCAAGCUCAUCUCAGCCUAACGCUCCUGGUUUUGGUUCGGCAUCAACCGCAGCGCCGUCAGCUUCCAGUUUCUCUUUUGCGAGCAGCAGCAGCAGCAAACCAGCCUCAGCGCUAACAGGUUUCGGAUCUGCCUCUGGUUUCAGCUUUUCCACGGCGAACACUUCUGCAGGGUUCGGGAGUGGACUGCAGUCCAAAGCUCCAGCAGGUGGCAGUAGUUUAUUUGGACAGCACAGUUCUGGGUUUGGGGCAGCACCUCCUGCAUCGGGGUCUGGAUCUGAAGGGAAUUUGUUUACACGUGGAAGUGAACUGACGGCUGAUGAACUGAGCCAAUUCAAAGCCCCUCAGUUCACUUUGGGCCAAAUUCCCUUGAAGCCCCCUCCAGCAGACAUGUUGGUACUGUGACAGCCUGUUACUAAAGAGCCUCUAUUGAACUGCCGAAAACUAACAUGUUGAUCUUCAUAAUUUUAUGAAUAAAAUAUCUUCCUCACAUUUUAAA